CACAUUUUCACAUCAGCAGCAGCUGGAAGCUCAAACAAGCUCCAAGACAAUGGGUCUCUGCAUGUCUAGCAGCGGGGCAGCUGUGGCGGCGGUGCAGGCCGAUGGGGCUCCCGCGUCGACUGCCAUGGUGCUGUUAACGACGGGCGAGCUGCGGGAGUACCCGCCCCGGGCCACAGCGGCGCAGGUGCUCCAGGAAUCUGUCGAGGCAGGAGGCGGCUGGUUCCUGUGCGACUGCGACGCCGACGCGAUGGGGUUCGAAGGCGCCGUGUCCGCCGUGGGCGGGGCAGAGGAGCUCCGCCCGGGGCAGAUAUACUUCGUGCUCCCUGCAGAGGCAGGCCGCAACGGGCUCGGACGGGAGGACAUGGCUGCUCUCGCCGUGAAGGCGUCAGCCGCGCUCGUCAAGAAAGCCAUCAGCGGCCGGCGGGGGCGCGCCGGCUCUGUGUCGCCGCUCGUGUUCGCCCCUCCGGAGGAGAAGAUCGACCAGAGCGCCGCCUACAAGACCGUGCCGGCGCUGGCGGCGAAGAGGCGGCAGGUGGCGCGUGCGAAGAGCGCCGGGAUGAUGCAGACGCGGUUCGCGCCUGAUCUGACAGCCAUUCCCGAGUGUGCGGAGUGAUUCCAGACUUCCAACCUUGAAAUUUGAGGCUCUCCGACCAUUCUUGAUACAGAACAACUGAACAACGAAUGACGCGAACAUACGGAAUUGAGUAGGCGGCUGUCGGAUUCUGAGAGCUGACGGACUGUGCGGAGUGUGAGGACUGAGGACAAUCGUACUAAUCUGUAAUCAGUAGGAAACAAUUUUGCUCGUGCUAGUUGAGUUGAUGUUGUAGAAACGUGUCAAUGGAGGUAACACAAUCAAAAUGCUCUGAAUUUUGACUGAAAACGCACGUGCU